ACGACGGCAGCAUGCGAUUUGCACUUUCACUCUUUUUCGUGGCAAUUUGCUCAUCACUGGCACUGGCAUCUUCAGGCGACCGUGAUCACCAAUACCAACGAUGUAUAAAACAAUGCGAGACUAGAAAUCUAUGCACUCCUGGCGACGUGCCAGACAACUUCCCCCUCGCCAUGCGCCUCACUCGUUGGACUUGCCUGGAUGACUGCAAGUACACAUGCAUGCACACCAUGACCGACUUUUCUGUCGAAAGCGGAGUACCGAUAAAGCAGUACUAUGGAAAAUGGCCCUUCUGGCGGUUUGCCGGCAUGCAGGAACCUGUGUCUGUUUUGUUCUCCCUCUUAAACUUACUCCUUCAUAUAUGGGGAAGGGGAGAGGUCAAGAGGUCGAUACCGGAUGUACACCCGAUGAAGCGUUUCUACCUGAACUGGUCGUUAGUCAGCUGUAACGCUUGGAUUUGGUCUGCUGUGUUUCACACUCGAGAUACACCUCUAACUGAAAAACUCGACUACUUUUCCGCCGCUCUGACCAUUCUGUAUUCUCUCUACUUCUCCGUCAUUCGUCUUUUCCACCUGUACCCGGCGCAACCAAACGCUCGCCUCACGUCCUCCGCGUCAUCUUCGACGCCACGUAGAGCACUCUACUAUCUCUGGACUAUCAUUUGCAUCAUUGCAUACAUCUCACACAUUGCAUAUCUCACCCUCCUACCCCGCUUCGACUACACCUACAACAUUAUCUUCAACCUCCUGCUCGGCCUUUCCCACAAUUUUCUAUGGCUCGCAUUCGCACUUCCUGCCCGAAUGUCCCUAUUCCAUCGCUUUGCAGGUCAAGCGAAGACAUAUCGUCCAUUAUACGCAUCAGACGCCGCUAAAGCGGUGGUUUUGACGACCGCCGCGACGUGUUUGGAACUUUUCGAUUUUCCGCCGUGGAAGAGGAUGGUGGACGCGCAUGCCCUGUGGCACCUGGCAACGGCCCCGUUGGCGGUGAUUUGGUACGAUUUUUUGAUCGUGGAUGCAUUGGACUCUGGGUGGAAAGGGGCUAGAGUGUGAGAGGCGGCUCGUCGUAAAGAGGCACAAAAACGUAGAAACUUCGGACUGUAGCUGUGAUGUCUUCAAUAACUUAUAUGAAUUGUAUACCACGGACAUGCAUGCUUGCGCUUUGUUCUGCCUGCCUCUAAUGGCUUGGCUUUCCCUUACAUGUCUCGUACAAUAUCUCUGUUUCUCACAUCCAGCACAAUAUUCGGUCAUCUGCAGGUCACGUAUAUCC